AUGGGCGCUUCCCUGUCUACCCUGAUCGGAUGGACCGUCGUCAUCGGAACCGUUUACAUUGUCGUCUUUGGUAUUCCAGGGCAACAGAAGAAGGCUCGUGACGCUGUCCGCAGUGCCUCGCAUCGGCAGCGCCUGGACGACAAGCCAAACAAUCAGAACCGCAAAGAGCCCAAAGAGAAGGCCAAGCGUCAGAGAGGAGAGGCCUACAGUAAAGAUGUCGAGGAUGUGAAUAAGACGUCACAAGCAAAGGCACGGGCAUCCAAGCCAUCCUCGCCUGUGCAGUCGGUCAAUUACAGCUCGGAUGAUGGUGUCGAUAACCGAGAAUUUGCCCGCCAACUGGCCAACGUCAAGCAAGGCACCAAUCUCAAUGCGCCCAAGAAGAGCGAUGAGAAGCGGCACAAGUCGGUGAAGCAGUCGCGCGCCCAGAUCAUUGAGGACAAGGCCGACCAGACCAAGUUCUCUGCUGCCUCGUCAACUGCCGGCGCCGAUGCCGACGAUGACGAUUCGUCGACACCCUCUCCCGACAUCAAGGCCGUCGACGCCGCCGGUGUCAGCGACAUGCUCGAGCCGAAGGCUGCCGGCCCCUCGGUCCUGCGCCUUACCGACACCGACAAGGUCAAGCCCAAGAAGGAGAAGAAGGCCAAGGAGCCUGAGAAGGUUGAGACCAAGAAGCAGCGCCAGAACCGCCAGAAGGCCGAAGCUGCCAAGGCCCUCCGCGAGGAGGCUGAGAAGCAGAGGAAGAUUGAUAUGGAGGCUCAGAGGAGACAGGCUCGCAUUGCCGAGGGCAGGCCUGCCAAGGACGGCUCUGGCUUUAUGGCUGCUGCAAAAGCCCAGUCGUCUGCCUGGAGCAGCAACGGUGUCAAUGGCAGCACCACCAGCAGUGCCGCCACCAACGACGGGUUCCUCCCCGUGCAGCCUCUCGACACCUUGGACACGGGCAGCUACACCGACGUAUCGGCUCCCAAGACCGCCACCCCUGUCAUUACCAACCCUUCCGACAGCUGGAUUGCCACUCUGCCUUCGGAGGAGGAGCAGAUGGAGAUGCUCCGUGGCGAAGAGGCAUGGAAUACGGUGACGACCAAGAAGACCAGCAAGAAGAAGAAGGAGCCCGCGGCGGAGAGCCCGGUCGACUCGGAGCCCACGGCGAUCCAACAGCAGCCCGCCGCCAUGGCCCGGGCUGCAAGCAACCACUCCUCCGGUGCUGCACCCAAGAAACCCGCCAAGGCCUUCUCCCAGAAGUCGGCUUUUGCUGCGCUGAGCACAAACGACGACCACGAGGGCGACCAGGAGAACGAGUGGGAUGUCUGA